GGGCGGUGUCACGGAUUUUUGAUAGGGGGGACGGAUUGACUGACCGAAACCCCUAAAAGACUGUCUUCCCGAUUUCUGCCCUGUGUACUACAAAUUGUUACCACCACUACGACACCGCAAUUAAGCACACUGCAGUGCUAGCACAAUGGAAUUUAACCAAAUAACGCACCUUAUAUCAUAUACGCAGACUUCAAUUUUUUUAAGGCGUUAGUUCUUUAGAAACAGCUUUUGACGAACCGAGCCGCACAUGUUUUGGUUGAUAUCCCCACAGAGCAAAUAUUCACGCCGUACACUUAGGCCUCUGUUGCAGAAAAAUUCCAGCAAAAGAACCAGUCGGGGGCAGGUGCAGUGGUCUGGACCCAGCUCGACGAUACCGUCAUGGAUUGCGUGGGCAGAGACAACUACCUGACGUCGUUUAAGGUUCCUGGCGGGAUUACCUGGGGCCAGAUGAUGACGAAUCAGCAAGAAGCCGGCCCAGAAACCGCACUGACAACCGCGGGAGAAACGUCAUCAGCACCCAGUAUCUACUUCACUACAGAAGACGGUCGGUUGAUAGGGCUGGGCACGCCGCUCGCCCAGUCUCCGGCGACCAAUGCGACCACGAUAACCACCACGGUCCUCUCGACCGUCCCCUCGACCAGGGCAGGCUCGUCAAACGCAACAACCCCUUCGACUGGUCCGCCCCAGGAAAGCGCCAUGGCUCUCUCGUCCGGCAAGGCCUCGUCAGCUGACGCAGCCCCUUCGACUGGUCCGUCCCACUCCCAGGGGAGCGCCACGGCUCUCUCGACCGGCGAGGCCUCGUCAGCUGACGCAGCCCUCCCGACUGGAGCGUCCCAGGAGAGCGUCACGGCUCGGGCUCUCUCGACCGGCGAGGCCUCGUCAGCUGACGCAGCCCUCUCGACUAGAGCGUCCCAGGAGAGCGCCACGGCUCUCUCGACCGGCGAGGCCUCGUCAGCUGACGCAGCCCUCUCGACUGGUGCGUCCCAGGCAUCGGAGAGAAACCGCGAUGAGAUUGAAGCGCGCCUCCAGCUCAUCCGCUCAACGCCACUCUUUAGACGGACGCCGGAGGAGGUGACCCUUCUCCGCACCUACCUCAGCUUACAGAUCCUGGAGGACCUGCUGCAGGGAGGAACUCCCAGACCAACCCUGACAUAUGUGCUAUGAGCAGGGCUGCGGAACCGCAGCUAGAGCUGGAUCCGGAGCCGCCGGAGCCGGCAUCUUUUGCCCGGAGAUGGAGGCGGAGCCGGAGCUGUCGAAGUUGGUGGCGACUCCGGCUAAAUUUGUUUGUUUUGUUUUUAAGGAAAAGGUUAACUUAAUUAGUUCGGUUUGACAGUACGGACAGUAAAACAUGUACGUACGUCAUGGGCCAUCACGUGAAUGAAAUUCGCCUCAAAUAUAUUAUUCCUUUCUUGUGAAGGAAAUAAACCAUUUUAA